AUGUGCGCACACAGAUCUCAGAUUUUCGGUUCUGGACCCCUGUUUGUUCUCUUCAUGCUGAUUUAUCCAAUAAAGAAACUUUCUUACUUUCCUGUAAUUUUAACUAUUCCCGCUUCCUUGAUUUUGUUUAAUUCUGUAGGCAGACGUUAUCCUGCAGUUAAUAUAGUAAUAUUAACUGAGGUCUCCUUCGAAUAUGUAUUCGGCAGAAAACCAUUAACCGAACCCCCUCAGGAUAGCUCUCCCGGAAUUGUGAUCUCGAUCAAAGAUAUGGAUGAUUGGCAAUUGCGCUGGGACAAUUCUGCUCGAUACAACAAGCUGUUGGUGUAUUCGUUCUACGACAAGAAUUCCACACUGUCCAAGGCCAUGGACAAGCUGUUGGAGAAACUCGCCAAGCAGUAUAAAGGCAAGGCAGACUUCUGCAAGUUGGACGUCGACAACUUCGAGUUUUUGGCGGGGCUUUGCGGAGUGGAGGGAGCGUAUCCGACGUUCGUGCUAUUCAAGAAGUGCAAGCAGGUGGGCAAGGUCGUCGGCCUCAAGGACGACGAACUCGAGCGGAGCAUCGAGCGAGCGCUAAACUAG